GGAGCACUGAAUAGCAGGACCCUGGAGUUGGGGAAGCCCUUUUGCCACUCCUCACUUGGCACCAAGCUUGUUGAAGGGCUGCCGUUUUCCAUCAAGGAAGUACGAUUCAGAAUUCACAGGACUGUGGAAAGGAAACUGUCCUGUGCUUUGUGCUCAUGGGUUUAUUUACAGACUGAAAGAUUAAUUCAUUAUUCAAAGAAGAGAGACAGAGGACAACAGCACAGUAACAGACUGUGAAUGCUCAGCCCAUACUACUGAGAAGAACCCAGCAGCUUGUGACAUCUGCACCUCACCCUCUAGGCCUUUUGAGCUACUUAGCCGAGUCUGGUGUGUCUGUCUGUCAGCAGAGAGAUGCCCAAGGGAAAAGGUCCACAAGGGAAAAGGAUCACCUUGAAAGUGGCUAAAAAUUCAGUCCGGGUAGCUUUUAAUGGAAGGCGCCGUCUUGACUUAAGCAAAAUGGGCAUUGCCACCUUCCCCAAGUGCAUUCUGGAGCUGGCUGAUGUGGAGGAACUUGAUUUGAGCAGAAACUUUUUAAGAAAGAUUCCAAACAUCAUUGAGAAGUUCCAGAAUCUGAUGUGGCUGGACCUGCAUAGUAAUCAGCUUGAUGAGCUGCCCGCAGAAAUAGGCACACUGAAGAACCUUACUUACCUGAAUUUAUGCAACAACAAGUUGACCACAGAAAGUCUACCAGAAGAGCUGACCCAUCUCAAGAACCUGCGUACUCUCAACCUUGGCUUGAACUGUCUUGAGACUGUUCCCACCACUUUUGGGAAACUGAGGGAACUUAUUGAGCUAGGUCUCUUUGACAACUCCUUGACCCUCAUCCCAAAGAGUGUGAAAAAGCUCCCCAAGCUUGAGAGACUGAAUGUAAAAAGAAACCCUUUACCAGAAUUUGAAAAGGAAGAGGAGCCAAUUGACACCGUUAAACGCAUAGAAUCGCUUUACUUAGUAGAAAAGAAGGACCUGUGCGGUUCCUGCCUGGAGACGUGUCAGGGUGAGAGGGAUGAGCUGCACAAGUUAGAGGAAAUGACACCCGUCCCCCCAAAUAAGCCAAGUUUCUCUUCACUCACUACACCCAAUUCCACUGCAAUGGAUAACCAAGAAGAAUGGAGAAUAAGAGACGAUGAUUCUUGAGAUACACCAAGCCACUCUACAGACCAUGUUCCAUGAAGUCCAGCCCAAGCAAAUAAAAAGCUGACCUCUCUCAUCCUCCGUUUUCCUGCAGUUCUACAUCUUUAAAGUUCAGCUUCAUUUUAGAAGCAGAUCUCUGUGGUCUCUGAAAUGAAAACCAGAACAAAUAAACCAGAUGUGCAUUUGGAAAAGAGUAUUUACAUCUGAGCCUGUUCCUACAACAUGUUCUCCAUGGUUUUUUUGGGGGGGCUUUUGUGUGGGCACUGUCCAAUAAAAGGAUCUUUUAAAAAA